UCAAAGAGGGAAGAAGAAAUGUCCUGCCUGAAGAAUUUCAGUCUUCUCAUCUCAUGUGUGCUCCUCUUCAUCAUCCAGCCAGGUCGUGGUUCUGAGAUUAUUAAUGGGAAAGAAGUCAAGCCACACUCACUGCCUUACAUGGCUUAUGUGAGAAGUGUGACUAAUUCUUUCUGUGGAGGAACAUUAAUCCACCCACAGUGGGUCCUGACAGCUGCCCACUGCUCUGGGAUUUAUUGGGUGACCCUGGGAGCCCACUCCAGAAAGAACAACGAACAUUUGAAGCAACUCCGAUUCGUUGAGAAAAGUUUUCCUCAUCCUAAAUACUGUUGUGCAAAGUAUGACAAUGAUCUCAUGUUGCUGAAGCUUAACAAACCAGUGAGGAGAACCAGGGCAGUGAAGUGGCUCAAGUUUGGCAACACUGUGAGAGACCCAGCAGCUGGCAGCAGGUGUCUGGUGGCUGGAUGGGGAGUAACUGAAAACAACCAAACAUCAGACGUCCUCAUGUCUGUCAAUGUGACUGUGGUGGACAGACAGAAGUGCAACUCUCGUGAUUAUUACAACCACAACCCUGUUAUCACCAGAGACAUGAUAUGUGCUGGUUCAGAUGGUACAAACGUCGCUGAUACCUGUCAGGGGGAUUCAGGAGGGCCACUGUUGUGUGAUGGAGCGCUGGUUGGAGUCACUUCUUUUGGAGCAGGUUGUGGUAUCAUUAAAAAACCUGGAGUCUACUCGUUUGUCUCAGAGAGACAGCUGUACUGGAUCAAAACUAUGAUGAAGUAUUUCUAAAUGUCAUGAAACCACAGCAUCAGUCU